GCCGCCGCCGCCGCCAUGGGCUCCCCGGAGCGCCCGCCGCUCGCCCAUGUCUUCAGGGGGACCUUCGUGCACUCCAGCCCCUCCGCGCCCAUGGAGAUCCUCCACGGACACCUGCUGGGGGUGGACGACAGCGGGACGAUUGUGUUUUUGGAACAAACUGACCAGCAAGAGCAACUGGCUAAGAAGUGGGGGUUCAAAACAUCUGACAUAAGAGAACUGAGUAACCAUGAAUUCUUCAUGCCAGGAAUGGUUGAUACACACAUUCACGCCCCUCAGUAUUCAUUUACUGGUACAAGAGUAGAUCUACCUCUUUUGCAGUGGUUGACUACCUACACAUUCCCAACAGAAGCCAAGUACAAAGACAGUGAUUUUGCAGAGGAAGUGUACACCAGAGUUGUUAGACGAACUCUAAAGAAUGGCACGACUACAGCUUGCUACUUUGCAACAAUUUACACAGAUACUUCUCUACUUCUUGCUGAAAUUAUAGAUAAAUUUGGUCAACGAGCAUUUGUUGGAAAAGUCUGCAUGGAUAUGAAUGACAGUGUGCCAGAAUACAAAGAGAUUACUGCUGACUCUGUCCAAGAGACAGAAAGGUUUGUUAAAGAACUACUGGAAAAGAAAUAUCCAAGGGUACAGCCUGUAAUAACCCCCCGCUUCGGCCCUUCCUGCACAGAGGAUUUGCUGUGUGCACUUGGCGAUUUAGCACAGGCUCGUGAUCUCCAUGUGCAGAGUCACAUAAGUGAGAAUGAAGAAGAACUGAAACUUGUGGAGAGCAUGUUUCCUGCCUACCAGAAUUACACUGAAUUGUAUGAUAAAAACAAGCUGCUUACCAGCAAGACAGUGAUGGCUCAUGCCUGUUAUGUUUCUGACGAAGAGCUGAAACUUUUUAGUCUUCGUGGAGCUGCAAUUUCACAUUGCCCCAAUUCUAAUUUUUCGUUGCGCAGCGGUGUCUUAAAUGUGCAAAAGGUCCUGAAACACAAUGUGAAGCUUGGCCUUGGCACAGAUGUUGCCGGUGGAUAUUCAGCUUCUAUGCUUGAUGCCAUCAGGAAGACAAUGAUGGCAUCUAAUAGCCUUCAGAUCAAUAAAGUGAAUGAAACAGGACUAACUCUUGAAGAAGCUUUUCAACUAGCCACCCUAGGAGGAAGCCAAGCUCUAGGACUAGAUGACAUGAUUGGAAACUUUGAGGUUGGCAAAGAAUUUGAUGCACUGCUAAUCAACACGAAGGCUUCAGACAGCCCUUUUGACCUGUUCUCUGCUGAUAAUUUUGAGGACACUCUCCAGAAGUUCCUGUAUCUAGGUGAUGAUCGGAAUAUUUCUGAAGUGUAUGUGGCUGGAAAGCAAGUGGUUCCUUUUUCAAGUUCAGUAUAAACCCAUUUCCUUUUUGCAAAAUACUCUGCUGAUCAUUCUGCAUCUGAUUUGGAAAAGAUUAAUUAAACACAGUGCCUGAUCAUCAGGAAUGACACCUCAUUUUUAUUUAAUGUUUUAAAAUUUGCAAA